GGGGUGGGCACAUCUUGAGUGCAGUAUAAGAAAUCAGAUGCACUGAAAGAGCAAGCCUUUUGGAGAAGAUUUUUAAUGAAGGUUUGGGUGUCAAGAGUGACGCUGCUUUCAACAUGAAGACACAAGUGAUGAUUUUGCUCCUGCUCCUCACCUGCCUGAGUCUCAGCAUGGCCCAGGGCUCUUACGGGAACUGCUGCCUGAAAUUUGUUCGCAAAAUGAAGGCCAGUGUGCGGAGGGGUAUUCAGGAUUACAGGAUGCAGGAAACAGAUGGUGAUUGCAACAUCAGAGCCGUAUUGCUUUUGGUCAAGAGAAGAGGAAGACAAUCCAAACCUAUCUGUGCCAAUCCUGAAGAUAAGUGGGUCCAGGAUGUGAUGAAAUCUGUGGACAGAAUCAGAAACAAUCAGAUCAUGAACUAGGUCACUGGAGGAGACCGGGAGGGUGAGAGUGAGGAAGCUCUGUCAGAGUUUAUAUAUCAUGCUUCUACACAUGGACUGGAUUAUAGUCGUCCAGAUUAGGAAUUUCCUUUCGCUGACACAGAAUGUAAAUCACUAUGGUAACCCCUUACGUUAUUUUUAGUAUCAUCAAUUAUAUGAGCCAUAUAAAUGAUUCUGAAUAGUGCAAAGAUUGAGCCACACUUUGGCAGCUUUUAAAUGUGACAUUAUGGAUGUGUGAGAUUUGUAUUGAAUUGUAAAGUUUUCAUUUUUACAUAUUUCAUAUAUUUUUGUAUUCAUGUAAUUCAAAAACAAAUAAAGACACAACAUGUUGACAAAAAUAGUCAGUAAA